AAAGUCGAUGCUGCUUGUUGUGGGUUCUAGUCGUUUCCAGUCAAUAAAAUAGUUUGACCAACUCGAUAAUUACGCCAUGUAUCUGAAUACAACAAUUUGUUCCUGCAUUAAGUGUUUUUGUCGCUGUUCUCCCGGACUUCAGAGAGAUAAUGUCAGUGAAGCCUCGGACAGAUGGACGGGCGGACAGACAGGUGCGGGCAGACAGGUGGGGACUGAGCGGUGUAGACUAGAGGACGCAUGUGUUUGUUGUUUUGGGCUGAACCGUCAAGAAAAGGGCAAAAAGAGAAAAUAUAAUCGUCUACUGCUAACGAGGAUAUGAACAGGGACGGGGAAUGCAGCACAUCGCUGCAAGAAAGAGAGCAGGAAAAGCAUCACCAGCUCUUUGGGAAGUAGGACUCAAAGUCCGCUGAACCGGAGAGACCAUCGUUGCAGGGCGGCCACCGACCGGAACGUAGGACGGACCGGGACAUGCGCACGCAGCUGUCCCCAGACGUGCGAAGUAUCCGAGGCUGAAGAUGUUCACUGUAUCUCAACCACCACACCACACAGGGUCCGGUCCAUACGGGAUCAGUCUCGGCACUAACCCACCACCAACCACCACAUACCACCAACACCGGCUCCCAACUUCACCGUCGCCGCCCGUCCAGAGGCAGCCGCCGGCGUGUCCGGGCAGACCCGUCGCUCUCCGUCCAGCCCACAGGUCUCCCAUGGUUUUUCUGCGCCAUGUGUCCGUUGCUCUGUCGGCCGCGGCGGCUACUCUGGGCUCCGCGCUCUUCCUGGCGCUCAACUUCUUUUACCAGAGGAAGCUGUGGAGCCCCCAGGCCGAGUACAGCAUGCUGACCGAGGAGUCGCGGGCGGAGGAUAAGAAGCAGCAGGUCCUGGUCCUGGGAUUGGACGGCGCCGGGAAGAGCAGCCUAUUGCACUGUCUCACCUUAGGGGGCGGGGCUCCAGGGGGCGUCGCCAGGCCGGGGCACCGCCGUCCAACCAGAGGCUUCAACUUCAUGAGCCUGCGAGGCUCCGCCCACCAGCUGGACUUCCUGGAAAUCGGGGGUGACCAGGAGCUGCGGUGCUAUUGGCUGGAGUACCUGAGGAAGACGGACAUCCUGGUGUAUGUGGUGGACGCCUCCGACCGCCAACGCCUCCCGCUGGCCAGACAGGAACUGCAGCUCCUGCUGAAGAUGGAGCGGCAUCUGCCAGUGGUGGUGCUGGCUAACAAACAGGACCAGGCCGAUGCUUUGGGUGUUACUGAGCUCCAUGAGGGGCUCUCUCUGGGCUCCGUGACCCAGGACAGACGACUCUUCCUCCUGGCCACCCAGCUGGGGAACUCUGCUGUCGGCCUGGAGGCCCUGCAAGACCUGCUGCUGAAGCUGCACUGAGGAGGAGGUGGAGGAGGAGAGGUGAAGGAGAGGGAGGUGGAGGAGGAGGAUCAGAGAGAGGGGAAGAGAGGGAUGUACAGGAGAAGGAGGAGAGAGGGGGGAGAGGUGGAAGAGGGAGGUG